GCACAGGCUCUGCUCAGGACAAAGUUGCGGUCUGACGUCAUGUUUAAUUGCAGUCGACUUCUCCAGAGGGCCAAAAUGAACGUUGGGAGGGGAUCAUCUUCAAUGUUUUUGCGUUCAAGUUGACUGUUCUCGAGGGGCCGUACUUGAUGAGCUGAACGUCAUGAGCAAGGUGAAUCCCUUCCAACACUUCAUGUAUAAAGCCCCUAUUGCACAGCAGGCUGGUGGCGCUAUGACACGGAAGGCAGUCAAGCGCGGCGGAUUGACAUCAGGAGUUCCGGAGAGGGGUGCAGGGUCUGCCAGAGUAGAAGAGAACACAGACAAGAUGCAUGGAGGUCGCGCGCGGGGGCGAGUUGCAAAGCAAGCGGCUGCUCAGAAAGCUCUGGCCCCAAACUCAAGGAAAGACGGUGUGCCAGAAGAGUCUGGCCAUGCAGAGACCGAAAAGUUGCUGCCUGCUGCAAAGCGUGCACGAGUUGAGGAAAAUGCUGCCGGGCAAUCAAGCAGUCCCAGCAGAGCUUCAGAACCAAACGCGACCCAAUUGCAACCGGACGUGCAGGAGCGGUGUAAGGUCUUGCUUGAGGUUGCACAGGACUUAGUCAAGCAGCUGCAGCCCCUCAAGUUCAAGGCCCCUGUGACCCAUGUGUACAAUCCGCUGGAGUAUGCGAUGAAAUCUUACAUGCAGUACGUCACACGAUAUGGAGGCCGCUCAGGAAUAGUGCUGUUGGUGGGCUUGAAUCCAGGGCCGUGGGGGAUGGCACAGACUGGGGUGCCUUUUGGGGAUACCUCAAUGGUGAAGGAUUUCCUGGGGAUCAUGGCACCGGUGGAACAGCCUCCAAAGGUGCACCCCAAGAGACUGGUGUACGGAUUCAGCUGCCCUUACAAGGAGGUCAGUGGGCAGAGGAUCUGGGGGUGGGCCCGGGAUAGGUACAAGGACCCGGAGGCCUUCUUCAACAAGUUCUACGUUAUGAACUACUGCCCUCUUGCGUUCAUGGAAGGACCUAACGGGAAGUUGCGAACUCCCGACAAGCUUCCGGCCGCAGAGAGGGACGCUGUUGUCCGGAUCUGCGACGAAGCCCUCACAAAGACCAUUGAAGUCCUCAAACCGAAGCUUGUUAUUGGCAUCGGACAGUACACGUCUGAACGAGUACGGCGGUGCGCUGGAGAUAUAAAAACAGGGACGGUCAUGCAUCCCAGCCCCGCCAAUCCUGCAACGAAUGCGGGGUGGGCAGGUAUUGCGGAGAAGCAGUUGCAAGACAUGGGGGUGGACUUAAGCUAGACCUUCGGCAGUGGAAGGCUGUGUAGUUUUUCAUGUUCGUGGAAUUGCUUCCAAUCCACACGCUGUUAUCCUGCUCGAUCAUCCGCGGAUGUGUUGAGCUACGGUUGUCAGAUUCGAGCACCGCAUCAAUACAGGAAAGUUGGACUGUCGCCAUAUGUGCCUUCAAUUAAUUUUGGUGAACAUGAUGCGUUCUCGGCUUAAUUGGCACAGUGCCUGUUUUGCAUAUUAGCGCUCCGCAGCUUGCCGUCCUUAGUGCACCCCUUAAUCUGCAAAGCUGCAC